CGGUAAGGACUGAAAGCCCUGGCCACGCAUGGUUGACACCUGACAACAGCAACAAUACCUUGUCGCUAACCUCAGCCCUUGCCCAUGCCCCUUGGAGCUCCAGGGUGUCCAGCGCAAGCCUGACCCUGGAGGCUUGGCUCUUACAGCCCCGCCUUCGCCCCGCCCUGGCGGUGUCUGAUUGGCCGCGUGGGUCACGUGCACGCAGUGUCACGUGAGGGUGCCAUCCACUCGCGUUGCGCGCUCGGCUCGGGCCUUGGCGGCGGCGGCGUCCCGGGUCUGCGCUCUCAGUAUGGCCGAGCCGGCUAGUGUCCCAGGCCGUGCGGUGGCCGCGCGCUGCUACCCCGAAGCUCACGCCGACUUCCCCGCACACCUGCAGGCCGGCGCGAUGCGGCGCCGCUUCUGGGGCGUGUUCAACUGCAUGUGCGCCGGCGCUUUCGGGGCCCUGGCCGCCGCCGCCGCCAAGCUGGCCUUCAGCCGCGAGGCGAGCCUGGCCUUCUCCGUCUUUGCCAUCAUCAUGAUGGGGGCCACCAACACGCUGAUGUGGACGUUCUUUAACCGUGGUCUCACCUUCUCCAUGUCUUCGGCCGUGGCAUCUGUCACUGUGACCUUUUCCAACACCCUCAGCUCGGCCUUCCUGGGCUACAUGUUGUACGGAGAGUGCCAGAAGGUGCUGUGGUGGGGGGGCGUGUUCCUCAUUCUCUGUGGACUCACCCUGAUCCACCGGAUUCUCCCACCCACCCCUGAGGACUCGACAUACAAGAAGAAGUAGCAGCUGGCGGCUGGCGGGCCCGUUGGAGGGACCCCAGUGCUGACUCUGGCCAGGACAGGCUUCCUGGGGGUACUGCCUGCGGCUGUCAGCAGACGGAGAUGCUAUCAGCUCCUGGGAAAAUAGCCCCAGGAAUGGACCACACUGUCACCACCCUGUCACCAGCCAAGUCAGCCUCAGUGUCCUGCCAGAACCUCCCAGAGACACCUGGACAGUGCUCCUGGUCCUCCUGUUCCCAGGCUGCAGGGCGCUGGGAGUCUGUGGGGUCACGUUGCUUCGCCUGUGGUGCUGAUCCUAAUGGCUGGCAGAGGAGGUUUCCCAGGACGCGACGCGCUCGGUGCUGUGCUCCCCAGCCGCCUGCUCAUGUGCUCCUCACGCACAUGCAUGCUCAGGCCAGAGCAGGAAAACUGGACGAGUAAAAGCCUUUUUUUUUUUUUGUUUUUUUUAAGUUAAAGCUACCGGGUGUGGAGUCUUAGUUCUUUCCUUUUGGGAGCAGAGCCUGGGGGGCUUCCCUCAGCUCUCCUGGGGGUAGGGGGAAGCAGAGGGUCACAUCCAGGCCACCCUCCCGUCUGCCUCUCUGUCUUCUGCUCCUGGUGGCACAGUGGGCAGACAAGUGCUGCUCCAUUGCCCUUGGCCUCCUGGCACCUCGUCAGUCUCUACACCCCCAGCCACAUCGGAGUCAACCCCAGCAGCCUCAUCUCCCAGUUCUGCUUCCCGCUUUUGCCUGGGGUUUCGGUGAAGCAAUUAAACACAGUCU